CGCACCCGAGGGCACCCGAGCGCCGCCGAUCGCCCGGCGGGCAGCGAGCGGACGCGCCGCGCUCAGUGGGGGCUGACCGAGCGAGCCGCCAGCGCGUGGGACUGCGUGUGCGUGCGUGCGUGCCUGCGUGUGAGUGCGUGCGACGCGCCGACCGCGGCGACGCCGACGCCGGCUGCCAGUCGGACGCUGGCCAGCCCAGCCAUCACGUCGCGGCCGCACCUGUUUACGCUCCGCCGCUCCACUGUGCGGACGCUAGCGCGUCGCUACCGAGGCAGAUACCUACGCCACCCCUCCUGUCAGGGGGUGGUGGUGACGCACCACCGUUUAUUUCUCCUCCACGCUCACCGCCAAAAAGCACCAGGACCGAAAAUGACUGACCACUGGCGAGUAGUGGGAGGACACAUUUACAAUCGACAACACGUCAAGUGAUCUGUUACUUUUGUUUUUGUUGUUAUCAGACUUUUUUUUUCCUCAUCGGGUGUUUUUUUGUGAAAAUUUUUGUUCCGUUUCCCGUCGGGAGGGUCUGUUAUAUUCGGAGGGGGACGACAAUUUCUCAUUGCUGAAGACACGCAAGAAGAAUCGCCGACGGACCGACGAUGAGGAUUAAGAUGCCUGCUGUGCGCAUAGCGCAAGCAGACGCCGAGUCGCCGCCCGGACAGGACACGCUGACAUGCGGCGGCUGCGCCAAGGCGUUCGCGCUCGCCGACAUCGUGCGCUUCAUCCAGCACAAGGUGCUCUCCUGCGCCGCCGCCCCCGCCGCCUCCGCCGCCUCCACCACCGCCCCCGGCACGCCCUGCAACAACAACAACAACAACAGCGGCGCCGCCGCCAAGGACGACUACGACAGCGACGGCGGUAGCACCGGUGGGGUGGUGAGCUCUCGCCGGCCCAGCAUUUCGGCGCCCAUCACGACGCGGAAGGCGCGCCCGCCUCCCGCCGCCUCCCCGUCCGCCCCCGGGGGCGGCGAGGCGUCGCCGCUGCCGCUGCUGCCGAUGCUGUCGCCGCCGCCGCCCAGCUCGACGCCCAAGCGUCGCGGCGCCGACAGCGACGACGAGGAAUCGCUGGCCGACGCGAAGCCACCGCGCGGGCUCGUCAAGCUAGAGGACGCCGCCUCCUCGCCCGAGGACUCCGCCUCCGGCGUCAAGCGCUGCAAGACCGACGUCGCCGACGCUGAGUCCAACACCACCAACUCAGAACCCACCAGCCUGGUGUGCUACACGUGCAAGCUGCGGCUGCAGUCCGCGUGGCGCCUGGUGCAGCACGUCCAGACCUGCCACGGCGUCCGCCUCUACGAGUCCAGCCUCGUCGGGGGCGGCGUCGGCCUGCCCUCGCCGCAGAGGCCCGCCGCGCCGCUGCCGCUGUCGCUGGUGCCCGGCGGCAGCUCGGCGGCCGCCAACACGUCGGGAGGCUCGCUCUCGUCGGGCUCGUCGGCCUCGUCGGGCUCGCCCGUCUGCUCGUCGGUCGGGCCGGGAAACGGGCUGGGAGGCGCCGGGAGCACAAGCUGCCUCCUGCCCCCGCCCGGCGCCUCCUCUCUCCUCCAUCCCCCCUCCAGCUGCAGCAGCACCAACACCACCGGCUCGCCGCUACUCCUCCACCAGCGCCCCAGCAGCCGGGGCCCCUGUGUGGAGGCGGCCUCCCUGCUUGGGCUGCCCUGUACGCAGCCGCCGCCCAGCUCAGCAGUCAGCGCCUGCUCCUCCAGCAGCACCAUCAUCAGCAGCAACAGCAGCACCAGCUGCAGCAGCACCACCACCAGCGCCACCAGCAGCGCCAACCCGUUUGGCGUGGGUGGCCUCCUGCGGGGGCUGCCGGCGGCGGCCCUGGACCAGCGACCGACGGCUCCGGGGACGACGCACCCCUUCCCGGCGGGCCUGUUCGCGCGGCCUUCUAGCCUGCCUCCGCCCCCGCCACCCCCGCUGCCGCACCACGACCCGGCGGCGCCGUCGGCGUCUGCACCGUCUACGCCGAGCCACCAUUUCCGUAGUAUGGAGCAGCUGGUGCAGGAGCAGCUGCGUCUCAACCCGCUGGCCGCUGCCGCCGCCGCCGUCGCAGCCGCCGCCGCCUCCUCCUCGUCGACGAGCUCCCCGUCGCCGUCGGCCGUCUCGUCGCUCGUCGCGUCGGCGUUCGCGCCGUCGGCUCAGCCGCUCGACAGGAUAGCGGCGGCCGUGGCGGCGGCGACCGCGGCUGUGCCCGGUGCCGGGGGGCGGGAGGCGGCGCCGCCCACGCUCGACUUCUACUCGCAGAGGCUGCGACAGCUGGCUGGCACCACCAGCCCGGGGGCCGGGGCCGGCACCGGAGGCGGAGGCGGCCUGGCCACGUCGCCCUCGCCGCGCAAGCAGAUGCUGACGCCGCCCUUUGGCAGCCCACCCCCACACCACCCCCAGCAGCGGCACGCCACGCCGCCCCCGUCACUGCCCCCCAUGUCCUCCUCCACCUCUACCGUGCCCACCGCCUCCACCUGCAUUCCAUCUACCUGCGCCGCCCCCACAGGACACACCACCAGCCCUGCCGACGCUUCGUCGCCUCUCGCGUUGUCUCUUGAAAAGCAGCAGCAGACGCCGCCCUCGGCAGGCAGCGACCAUCAGCCGGCGCCCGGGACGCCCAAUCCGCGACCCUCGUCCCCGCGGACGCCGCCCACGGCCGCUGCGCCGACGCCCUCGGACUCCGGCACAGCCGCCCCCGACGACGCCGGUGCCGCCGCCCCCGCCGACGGCGGCGUCGCGCAGAGCGGGCCGCUGACACCGUCCGCCGAGCCCGGCUCUCCGGGACCGGACGCGGUGCGCGCCUGCGAGUUCUGCGGCAAGAAGUUCCGCUUCCAGAGCAACCUGAUAGUGCACCGGCGCACCCACACGGGCGAGAAGCCGUACAAGUGCGCCGUCUGCAACCACGCGUGCACGCAGUCCUCCAAGCUGAAGCGCCACAUGAAGAUCCACCGGCACUCGGCGUCUGCGCUGGCGCGCGUCACGCGCAGCUCGGUGGCCGCCGCGGCCGCCGCCGCCGCCGCCUCCGACGGCACCGCGCCCGACGCCACCUCGCACAACAACAACAACAACGGCAGCAACCACACGACGCCCGAAAACGCGUCGCGCACGGGGAGCGUCGAGGCGCUGGACGACGACGACGGCGACGAGGACGACGAAGACGAGGAGGAGGAGGAAGACGACGACGACGACGACGAGGAGGAGGAGGAGGAGGAGGAGGAGAUGGAGCUGGAGGAGGAGGACGAGGACGAUCUGGACGACGACGACCUCGGGGACGGCGACGGGGACGCGCCCGAGGACCUCACCACCAAGUCGACUUCGUCCACUCCGCCGGGCAACGUCACGUCCGGCGGCGGCGGUCAAGGAGACGGCAAGUCCGGAAGCGGCGCGGGGACCCCGAGGCCCGCCUCCGGUGCGCCGGCCACGCCGCUGGAGAAGAUCUCUAACCAGGGUUCACUGGUGGGCGAGCUGAUCGACAAGUUCGGCCUGAGCAACAUCCAGCAGUACAGCGAGGCGUACAAGCAGGCGCUGCAGGAGUCGGUGGUCGGUUCGCAGCACCACCCGAACCACCACCACCAUCACCACCACCCUCACUCCCAGACACCCCACAGCCUGAUGCAGCUGAAAGAGGAGAUCCUCGCGGGCCACCACGGGCAGCACCGCUCUGCUCUCAUUUCGGACAACAACAACCAGAAACACCUGUCGACCAGUGCACUGCUGUCAGCGACGAGUAAGGAAAACGGCCUCACUGUGGAGAAGUCGGCGGCAGCGAUGCGAUUCCGUGAGGAGUUCGCGAAAAAUAUGAUGGCUGCGGGCCAACCGCCUCUGGACUUAAUGGGAGCCCCGCACGGCCUGUUCGGCGCGGCUGCGGCCGCAGCUGCCGCCGCCGCCGCUUUCGACUCCUCUUCGCCGUCGGCCGGCGCCUACGACGCCGCCAGCAAGAGGAUCAAACUGGAGUUGGACCACCACACGUCAUCCGUGUCGCAGCCGGCGCGAAGCGACCGAGCCGGUGACGGUCCGGGCAGCGGACUCUAUGCCGGACUGUGGUUGCCCGCAAUGGCGGCGGCGGCGCACCACCGCGACCACCUCUUCGGCGGUGCAGGGGCGGGUGACACGGUGGAUCUCCUGGCGAACCACCACCGCAAGGACUCGCUGCUCAAGGUGGGCAAGUCCGGGCCCAGCCCGUCCACCCUCGCGGCGGCCCUCAACCUGGGCCUUCCACCCACGUCGGCUGCGGCAGCGGCCGCCGCCGCAGUCGCCGCCCAGCAGCAGCAGCAACAGCAGCAGCAGUCCCUCAAGAAGGACACGCGCCGCAACGACACCUGCGAGUUCUGCGGCAAGGUGUUCAAGAACUGCAGCAACCUCACCGUGCACCGGCGCUCGCACACGGGGGAGAAGCCCUACAAGUGCGAGCUGUGCUCGUACGCGUGUGCCCAGUCGUCCAAGCUGACGCGCCACAUGAAGACGCACGGCCGCCUGGGUAAGGACGUGUACCGCUGCCGUUUCUGCGAGAUGCCCUUCUCUGUGCCGUCGACGCUCGAGAAGCACAUGCGCAAGUGCGUGGUGAACCAGAACAGCAAGGCGGCAGCCGCAGCCGCGGCGGCGGCGGCAGCGGCGGCGGCGGCGGCCGCCGGGGGCGGACACCUGCCGCUGGUCGGAGACGACACCGGCGACUCGUCCGCCUCCGCCACCAAGGACGCCACAUGACUCUUCCCGUGGGGAGGGUUCCGCCACGUGCCCCCGCCGCCACUGCCGCUGCCGCCGCCGCAGAGCAUCUACUGAGAGUCGGCCUCCCUCCUGCCGCCCCCGCAUGCUGCCCCCCACGCCCCUGCGCUCGUCGGCUGGGGGCGCGGUGGCCGGGGCGCCAGGAGGGGUCGCAGGCCGGCUGCCAGCAGCUUCGCAGCAGUGCUGUCCUCCCACCACCACCCACACAACCCCCAUUUUGCAGCACCGUCUCCACUGCCACCGCACCCUCUGCAGCACCAGUCACUCCUCCAGCCGCCUCAGCACCAUCACCAGCAGCCGUCUCCAGUGUUCCCACAGCUCUCCGAAUUUGGACAGCGUCUCGAAGAUGUUGUCCCCUUUUCGGCAGCCGCCCAUUUCUUCAGACCGUAUUAUCCUUAGAACGUGGGGCUUCAGUGGAUUCGGUGGUACAGCAGCUUGAACCUGAUUUACUCUCACACACAUCACUUUUGCUUCCUUAAGGCUCCCUAAACAACUAUUCUUCCCUCCUAUCUCCUUGAAACUACUUGAACUUCACUAACGUUAUUCAUUACAAAUAAUAUUGCUGGACCAAAUUCUUUGUUUUCAGGUUUAUAUCAUUUCCUGGAUACUGGACUAAGCUCCAGCAUCAUAUCCUCUUGGACAUUCAGCCUUACAGUUUUCGUACUUAUGUCUUGUCAACUCCCCAUCCUUGCUCGUCAUGCAUCUUGAACCCUUGCCAUUUCUGUUCCCUUGCCUUCAGAUUCCCAAUACACGUAUAGUUAUGUUCUAUUUGUGUCCUUACUCAGGGCAAAUAAGCGAUAUGCAGAUAAUACACUGAAAACUAUUUGCAGCAUUAACACAGCAGUAAAUUUCAAACAUUCCACCUAUCUCUUCAUACAACACAGUUACCGCUAAUCCUAUUUCCUUAAUCAAUGGGUAGUUAUCAGAUAAAUCACCCACAUUCUCCUCCCACAGCGUACCUGUGUCUGACUGCAGUGUACCUAAGUUCCUAGUGGCGGGAAACCUCCCCUUGGUCAGGUUUGGCCAAAGAAAAAGAGACACGUGCAUUUCUGAAUUUCACUUUGUUGAAUUUCAGACAAGGACAGUUUCGUAAUUUCCGUGGAAUGUACAUUAUUAUUGUGUCUGUAAAUGCCAAGAGAAAUGAAGAAAUAACAGAAACAUUCAGAUCUGGUAUUUGUGAGUUUUUCCCCUAACGUACAGUAUGCAGCUCAAGACAUUUAGCCAUUGUUGUCAGUGGACGAUACUGCACACUUUGGGCAUGCUUAGCUGCGCAGGUACGAAAUGUAUCGGACUGAAAGUGGAAAUAACGUGCAAAGUUUCCUCAGAAAGAAUCUUCAGGUGAAAAACUGCGUUCUAUUCGAGAAAGUUCCAUAACAAAUAUAAUGAAACUAGUGAGAAGGAUGAAACGGACAUCUUCCUAUUUUUUGUAUUAUAUGAUCAGUAAAAUGAAUGUAACUGAUACCAAAGCAUUUGUGUAAAGUGUAAACAUGUUUCAAUAACUCGUUUGUAGACAAAUACAUAUUGGUAUCCUAUGUAGAAUAUUAAUAUCAUUAAUGAUAUAAUCAUCAUUAUUAUAAUAUAUUAUAUUCGAAAUUAAAGAUUUUUGGGGUGAUUAUUACGACCUAUGUUAUUUUAAACUUAUGUUGGGGUUCUUGUUGUUUGUAUCUCUAGCAUGAGCUGGUGGUAUGACACUGUUUUGUUUCUUAUGCGAGUUCUCAUUCUUGGAGAAAAAUGAGCAUGUGUUAAAGGUGAAAGCUAGAUCUGAGUGGAUGGCCUUGAUUUACAUUUGAGUGAGAAAGACUGAAAAAUAAUUUCACUAUAUACAUACUAUUAUAAUAUUUAUUCCAAAUAACUGAGGUUGCUUACCAAAAAUAUUUUCCUCUUGAGUGAUGGAUUAUGAGAAAUAAUGUAUGCUACACUAACCACUUCUGAAAAUAUUUGUAUUUAGUAGAUAACAUUAGGGUCUGAGUGAUUAUUUAAUUUUUCUACUAUUCUGAAACAUUUUAUUUUCAUUAUCAACAUGUAAUUAGUCACUGAAGAUGAACUAUAUGUUCCUAAUAGGUGUAGCAACAUUUACAGACACAGCCAUUCCAGAAGCUACCAUAUUUAGGAUCUUACCUGAAGUUAUUCACUGUACAUUCCAAGAAGUCAGUGAUAUAGACACAUGCAUCACCAGCUGAAAAUUUAACUGUUGGUGAUACGUGAAUCAUCUGACCACAAGACUGCUCAGAAAUAAAAUACUUGUACUCUUUACAGAAUUGAAAUAUUGCCAUGAUUUUAAUUCCUGUGUAUAAAAGACAAAUGAGUUCACAAAACUGCCAAGAAAUUUCACUCUUUCAUUUUGCAUUUGUAGUAUGAUCACAUCACUGAUAUUUAAAUAUCUGAAGUUACUGAGGAACUGAAUUUUAACAGUAUUGUGUGGAAUAAUUCUGACUUUUUCACUGUAUGCAUUGUUUGAUGGCAUUCUCUUUUUCUAAUUUUUGUUCAAGACCUAAUUAUAAUUCAUGCAAAUGUCUUAUAUCUAUGUGACUACACCAGUUUCCCUGAAUAGUCAUUUUCAGUACUUCAGCUGAUGAAUCUUGACUUAUUAUUGUAUCAUUAUAUGCUGCAUCGUUAUGCAACACAAGUAUAUGUGUACAGUUUAACUCGGUGGAGCCUUGAAUGUAUGUGAUGCUCAACAUCAUAUGAUGUUACUGUAGGCAGAAAUUCAUCUAAUGGGCAGUUGAAAAUGACUUGUCAAGGAAUGUGUAGUCUUAUAUAUUUUAGAUGGAGUUUGACUGCAAUCAGCCUUUAUUGUCCAAACUGUGCUCAUUGUUGCCCUAUUCCUAACUCAGGAUAUAUGAACGGUAUAGGGUCAUUACUUUAUUUUUCUACCACAGUUAAUUUGUUACAGCCACGAAUGUCAGUUCACUCCAAAGAUCCAUGAAAAUGUAGGUUUUAUUGUAGCAGAAACAUUCAAUAAUUCUGUGAAAGUUGCACUGUGCUCUGACAAUUAGAAGUCAGGCAUUCACAAUGAGAUUUUUCUUUAUUUUUAAAAUAUUUAGCUGGAGUGUUAUCUUUAAACUAAUAAUACUGCCUUAGAAAGAUAUUUCCCAAAAUGAGAUAAAAUUCUGUAAUCAUUUCCAAUUUUGCAAUUUGUAAAUAUGUAGGUAUAUAAUUUGCUGGAAACUAUUAAAACACAUCACCAUAUGAUGACCGAAAGUCAUUAAGUAAAUGAAUACGUUCACACAACUCAGUUUAAUAAAAUGGUUUCUUGAAUAAGUCUGCUGUAAAAACUACUUUUUCCAGCAGAUCUUUGGGGCUAACUGAUAACCUGCGCUAUGGCACUCACAAUUAAACUUGAAGGUGAUGAAAUAUGUAGCUGUAAUUGUUUAAGAUCAAUUGAAUGUCAUAAGCAGUGCUCUGUGCCACAUUUGACAUCGAUCUAAGAUCUGUGAACUUUUUGUACUAUUUCCCUAUUAAUAAGUUUUUUUCUGCCUUACACAAAAACUUUAAUGUGACUGAAUGAAAACUUUAACAACAUAACAAACAUUCUCCUUAAAACUGAAGUUACUAUAAAGUGAUACUGGUUCAAAAGAUAUGAAUAAUACACAAUAGAGAAAAAAAUUUUAAUUUUCAAACAAGAUGAAUUACCUCUCAUUCUAUCUACUGACUUCAUCUUUUAUUCUUUGUGAUAUCCACUUUAAGACACAUCUGGAGAAAUUUUUGAAGGAAAGAGUUCAUCAUUUAUAAUCUUCCAUUUCUAUAUGCUUCGUGUGCUGUGCUCAAGCUUUUUAUUUGUAAUUUCAAGUCGUUUCUCAUUGUAAAUUGAGACAAUAAGUGAAAAUUUAUGUAAAAAGACAUUUUAUAAAAUUUUUAAUUCAUUUCAGCUUUGGUCUAGCUGAAAACAUGUCUUUAUAUAAUAGCUAUAAGGAAAAGAACGUUCAUUAAACUACCUACUCUGUAGUUCCCCUAGUAAUCUCAAUGACACUGUGACUGUAUACUUCGUUGCAUAAUCAGUAUCAAGUAAUUUUGCUUCUACUUCUGUGAUUAAUUUUCCAGAUGGCAAAUUUAUCUCAACUGCUCAUAAUGCAGCUUCACACAACUUGCUCACUGCUCACUUCUGUGUCCUAAAAUUGGUGCUUUUUUAUAAUAGGAACAGUUUCACAGUACUAUGUGAGCUAUUACAUGUACAAGUGCUCAAUGAGUUAUGAAGACAUAUUUCUCUUAAUCCGACUUACUCAGUUCAUGUAAAAGGCCGCCAUCAUGAAGAACAUAGGAAUUUUUAAACAGUGUUUCUGUUUUUAUAUCAUUCUUAUACUAUCAAAACGUUGUUAGUGUAUGCGUCUUUAUCAAGAAGUCUAUAGGAGCUCUAGAACCUAGUAAUGAUUUGUCACAGAACAGAAACGUUACUCAAGAAGAGAACAGUAUACAUGUAUGGAAUACAGUAGCACAACUCCACCCACAGGGUAUACCAAAUAAAAACACACAUUAUGUGUAUUCUGCUGUUCUUUAGUAAACUUAUCAUUCUCCUCUUGGUCAUCACUGUUCUUUGCGAGCGAUUGUUGUGAAACACUGUAAAAUGUUAUUCAGGGUAAUAUAUGACUGUAAGGACAAAAAUUAUGAUACCAGUAGCAGCAAUCUUUUGGAGGAAAGAAAGUUGCAAAGUUUCAGAUGUAACAUAUGACAGAUAUAUUUAUAAAUUAAAUCCUUCCCAAGUAUUUCCUCCCACGUUUAGAGUAGCUAUAAUACCCCAGUAACAUAUAAAUAUCUUUUCAAGGUGAAUGGAAUCUUCAGUGGCCAUGCUGACCAAAAAUAAAUGUCAUGUACUAAAUAGUUUGACCUCUUCCAGAUAUUGACACGUCAUAAUGCUAUUGUUAUUAUUAUUAUUUUUAUUUAAAUUACUCUGUAGAGAAAUAGGUGUCAUGGAUCACUCCUAACCUUAGUUGGAACACCAAAAGCUACUCCCUUUAGUGUAAGAGACAUGUAGAAAAAUGUUUCAUAUAACAAUUUGCUUUACUCAGUUACACUAAUGGUGAAUCCUAUAGCUGUCACGGAUAUGAAAUUUGAAAAUAUGAAUAAUUAUUGGGGUUAUUUUUAAAACUAUGGAACUUAGGUGAAUACAUCAGUGUAAAGUUUUUUGGAAGUGUUAUCUUAUUAAUGAAGUGGCAUAUCAGAUAUUACUGAUAUUGCCGAAGUCAGAAACACAACUGUGGUUUCUUGAUAACAAAUCAAAUUGGAGUAGUGUGGACUAAAAUUAUUCACCUUCAGAAAUGUGGUGGAUGAAUUAUACAGUUCCUGUAGAAUUGUGUCUCCAGGCAUUCAUUGACAUUAUCUCUAUGUAUUCACUCUCAUAAGCUUCAUUUUCGAAAUAAAAAAGUGUAUGCAAAGUCUUUUUCCAAGCCUCAGAUUUAAUUUUCUACAUAGGAAUUUAAUGGAACUGGGUGACAGUUUUUAAAAAGUCCAAAAUUAUAUUUACUACACUAGUUUCCUUAAAUGGAAGAAAUUGUUUUUCUAUGUAGAAGCCCUACACGUCUGUUACACAAAAUGAUAAAAUGAACAGUCUUUCAAAGACACAGAUUUCCUUAUUAAAUUUUAGCAGAAUUUCUGUUUCAAAGAUUGAUUGUUUUAAUGGUUAUUUAAUAUUAUUACCACUAUUACUAUUUAUUUGUACAUUUUAUGUACUGAACUAUGGAGAACAGGAAACUGAAUAUGUGUAUUUAUGAUUGUCAUUGAAACAAGAAUAAUUAUUUGUUUUUAUUAAAGGACAAUGUACAAGUGUU